AUGCCACGAAGGAAGUUCAACAGCGCGGGGAGAUGUCCAGCUCCGCCCGCCGGACCCGCCGGUUUGGUAUGUGCCUUUGGAGACCCCUCGGCUCGUCCGUGCGGGACCCCGGAAUUCCCGGGCACGAGCCGGAACAGACCCGAUGCAACUCCGGAUUUCCCGCUGCCUUGUUGUCGUCGUCUCCUCUUGCCACACAACUCAUCUGCCGUUAACUGCCAGACGCCCCGGCUCUCGGUGGGAGAUUCCAACGAGCAUCGAGGUCCGCCGCCCAAUUUCAAGGAGGUUUUGUUAAGCUAUCUAGGUUGUCCCCGCCACAUUGUUACCCCGGACUCCCAACGGCUGUGUUUGUUUGCAUUUCUCUCCGCAAGAUUGUGUGGGUGCAUAAGGGAAAAUCUCCCCCUCCCAAACCGCACAACGCCUCAAAAGGACCUCCCACAACGAGCCGAGGUGACCGAGUCUCUCGUCAUGGCGAGCCCAACAACCCCUUUUCGAGCGGUCUACAAGGCCAUAGGCCAACAAGAGAUCGAUGUGGAUAUCUAUCUGCCCCCGCCUGGGAAUCCCGAUAAGUCAACACACCCGGUCGUCAUCAACAUCCAUGGUGGCGCAUUCAUGCUCGGCUCGUCCAAAAUGGUCAACAGGGACCAGGUGGCCGACUGCCUCGACAGAGGGUGGAUUGUGCUGGCGCCCAAUCACCGCCUGUGUCCCCAGAUCAGCCUCUUGAACGGUCCGAUGAGGGACUGCCGUGAUCUCCUCGAGUGGGUGUACAGCGGCCAACUCCAAAGGGUCCUCGACACAACGCAGGAGGGAUCGUACGCCGUCGACAAUGAUCAUGUGUUUGCGUUCGGCACGUCGUCAGGUGGCACUCUAGCCCUCGGUUUGGGCUUUGGAGUGCCGCGGCCCGUGGCCGGCAUAUUUGACAUGUACGGGCCCAGUAACUUCACACACCCCUUCUGGGAGAAGCCUCUGCCGCACGUCGCCGCUAGGCUGCCCCCAGGUCUAACCCAAGACUUCCUCAACAAGGUCUUUGACGAAGACCCGGUCCCCAUUGAAGGAGGCGUCUCCCUCGAGGGCCAGGCCCAGGGGCCGCCCAACUUCGACGACCCGAGACAGGCCUUCGCCAUGACGCAGAUCGCCAGCGGCAAGGUCAUGAACGCCAUCGUGCCUGAUGGGAACUGGGACGCCGUUGACCCCCUCAGGAACAUCACCGCCUCGUUCCCGCCGACAUUCAUCGUGCACGGGCAGGCGGACACCAUGGUGCCCCUCGAGCUCAGCCAAGGCCUGUUGGAGGUGCUGAGGGAAAAUGGGGUGAGGUCGGGCCUGAGGGAGAUCCCGGGCGAGGAGCACACGUUCGCGGCCAGGAUGAAGGUGGGAUCCCAAACGUGGAACCUGCAGCGGGAAGGGUUCGAAUUCUUGGACAGCCUGAUCGAGCGAGUCUGAGUCGUCCGAUAGGGCAAUGCAAUCAAGUUAAUUUCGGCCUGGCUGCAGGUUCGGACUGUCGUGGACAACUACGCAACGCAACCACACUUUACUUUUGCCCUUUGCCGAAGCCCAG